CAAAGAAUAUCAGUCCUGUCCUCGCGAACGUAUGAGCUGUCCAACAAGUUUUAGAGUGCAAGAACAAGGACUUUAGGCUGUCAAAUUGUUUAUUGUCGAUUUACUAUGGGAGUUAUUAGGAUGUUACUGGAAUUAUCGCUAGUGUUUUUUGCUUUCUCUACAAGGUUUAUUGCGUUGGCCGCAUUCUCGCAGUCUUUUGACAGCGACUUCACGUUUACCUUACCCGCCGGUCGGAAGGAAUGCUUCUACCAGACCAUGAAGAAAGAUGCAUCGUUGGAAAUUGAAUACCAGGUGUUAGAUGGCGCAGGCCUGGAUGUUGACUUCCACAUCUCUUCUCCCACUGGUCAUGUGAUUUUCAGUGACUAUCGCAAAUCAGACGGCGUGCACACAGUUGAAACAGAGGAUGGAGAUUACGCAUUAUGCUUUGACAACACAUUCAGUUCCAUAUCGGAGAAGGUUAUCUUCUUUGAGCUGAUCCUGGACAACAUGGAUCAAGAUUUAGAUGACGACGAUGACUGGAAGGAGUAUGUUCAUGGAACAGAUAUGCUGGACAUGAAACUGGAAGACAUUAUGGACACAAUCAACAGUGUGAAGGCCCGACUGGGGAAGAGUGCACAGAUCCAAACGGUGCUGCGGGCCUUUGAGGCGCGCGACCGCAACAUCCAGGAGAGCAACUUUGAGCGGGUGAACGUCUGGUCUGUCAUUAACAUGUUCGUUAUGGUGCUGGUGUCUGGCGUUCAGGUGUACUUGCUCCGCUCCCUGUUUGAUGACAAAAGGAGAAUGCGGACGUAACACUUGCCCCAGCGGCAGAAUAAGAGGUGGAACAAAACACACCUAGUACAAAAAUAGAUCAACUGACGUGGCUGCAUUGUACAUGACUAUACAAGGGCACUGUAUAAACACAGAAUCAUACAAAGAGAUAUAAAUAUUUUAACUUAAAACGUAUACAUAUUUACUCGAAUGCCAAAGGUCAUUUUGUUGUGUUGACUAACUGAUGUCAGGUGAUCAGUGCGAGGAUCUUACUAUGAUGCCAACUUUAUCCCAGGAAUACUCUUUCUAAACUACAUAAACUUAAUGGGGUAAAACUGAGCAUAGAAAUGCUCUAUACUUGUAUAUUGUGGUGUAUGUCUUCCAAACAGGCCUGGAGCUAUAGAAUGUUGGGGAAUAUCCUUCUUUCAUGUGAUAUAAGUUACUGAGAUGCCUUCACCUUUGCCUUUUUCUCAUAGUUCAUGUUUUUAAAAACAUGUUACCAUCAGAUUUACUGUGAUAUAAUAUCACUUUCGACUAUCAUUCAUCAGCAAUUUCCCCAAUCUGUGCCUCCUUUACCAGUCUCUUGCCGCCUUGAAUAGCUAUUUCAACCGUUACAAAUGACCCCUCUCCACAGGGCUCUGUGUUGAAGUAAUAGGGACACAUUGCUAACCGUAGUUCAUAGCACCAAGGGGGAGAGUGGAGUAGGGAGAAAGGGCCAUCUCCAUGGCCUGGCUCCCAGGCUGCAUUGACUGGACAGCAGUUGGCUUCACUCGCCCUCUUCUCUUCAGCUGUGUGGCCACUAUGAGUUUCUGGUUACAGCCACCUUGCCUGUGAAGAUAUUGAGUCACAUAAGUCUAUUUCUGCUUUACUGACCAGCAGUUGGGUCAUCGCCACUACUAGAGAGGCUAGAAACAAAACUCCCAACAAAAUUGAGAACAGACCCCCGCAGUUAUUUGUUGGCUUUAUUUACUGGUCUGUAUAGUCAAGGUCAUUGGAAACACAUAGACAAAUGGUCAACAAGUUCAUAAAUGGAUGCACUGUCAGAGCUCUAGAUCUGUGUGGGUUUAUGAAACCUUUCAAAUCUUUAGCAUCUGUUCAUGGGUUUUGAUUCGAUUUUGUUUAUAACGUCAAACAAAAUGUAUUUUAGGACGUUGGUUACUUUAUUUUAUCUUUUGACUGCAUUGAUGUUUUCCUUUUUACUUUGUCAACUAAAUGGUCUCUGUCUCCAUCUUCUGGUGGGACUUGAAAUUGCUAAAGAAGGUUUUAAUGUACAGUAUUCUUGUACAAAAAUGUCGCUGCAUUCAAUUGCAUUGUGAACAAUCUUUUUGUUAGGACAUAAAUCCUGACAGUUGCUGUGGACAUUGCAUUGCACAUUGCAGUGACCUGAUCCCCUGACGGGCUGUCUAGGGAUCAGGAAAUAUCUCUGUUUAUCUUUGCCUUAACUUCAGUUCAAUGAAAUGCAUUGUUACAUUUUUAAGGGUUUCUAAUGGAAAUCCUCCGUAUGUUAACCAUUGUUAAGGUUAUGUUCAAAUGCCUACAUUUCCAAUUAGAGAUUUAGCGUUACAUAAAGUGUUUUUCAAUUACCUUUAGCGUAAACAUACAUUUUGCAACUGUAUUUAAACAGUUGUUUAAAUACUGAUGCAAACGCAUCAGUUAUUUUCCAGAUAAAUAAACAAAAGUAUUACCUGGGCUAUUUGAUUGAAAUACAUGUACAUUAAAAGACUACCUUUUCUGAA